UGUGUAGAUACAUUUAUUUCUCAAUUUUAGUUUUAGUAAUUAAUUACUCACCUUCAUGUCGUUCCAAACCCAUAAGACCUUCAUUCAUCUUUGGAACACAAAUUAAGAUAUCUUUGAUGAAAUACGAGAGCUUUCUGACCCUGCAUAGACAGUAACACAACUGAAACGUUCAAGGCCCAGAAAGGUCGUUAAAGUAGUCAAUGUGACAUCAAUUUUAUGAAUCUACAAGAAACACUUUUUCUGCACAAAGAAAACAAAAAUAGCUACUUUACUCCACAAUUUUAUGCAAAGAACUUGUUUAUUUUAGUUAUGGUUAAUUUUUUCAAUUUGAUAUUUUCUUUUAUUUCAGUUUUAUUUCAAAUACCAAAUGCUAUUUUAAAUAGUUUUAGGGGUAUUUUACGGGUAAUAUUUGCAAUUGUUCUUUGUAUCUGGCUUUGCGCUGUUAAUGUUUGAUAUAAUCAUUGAUUUAAUUCAUAACUGAAUUUCACACAGUUGAAACCCAGGCAGUUUGUAACAAUAUCUUCAGUCUCUUCAUAUAUGCUGUACUGUUGUUUGCAAUCCCACUGUAAUAUAAUAUUUAUUCUGAUUUGUUCUUUCCUAUCCCGCACCCACAUCAAACAUUUCUGACUUGCUUACCAGCCAUUUGCCUUCCCAGUCUAGAAACCUCAGGAAUAAUAGCAUUAGUGUUUCCAUCCCCUCAGUGGUACCAAGCAGCACCGCCGGCAUGACAAAGAGCCCAAUUCUUCCCAGCGAGGGCUCUCUGAGAGGGGGCAGGCAGAAUGAGCAGCCUCUACAACACCACAUGGGCGUAAAAUAUGGCUGCUGCAUAAAAAGGGGACAGAGAGUGAGACAGUAUGUCAUACACAUUGACAAUAAACUGUCUGUUUGUGGGCACGAUGAGGUGAGAGAAAGAGAGAAAGGGACUGUUAUGGCUUUUAGAGAUGAUAGAGAUAUGAAAGGAUUUGUCAGACGAGAGGCUGAAUGGAACAGAAAAUCACUCAUCAAAUCCGUCCCUACUCUGGCAGUCUUCUGCUUUUCAGCAAAUAUGCCUUUCCAGAAGUCUGAUAGUUUACGGGAAGAUUUUGAACCCUUCAGACAGUAUCUUGAAAGUGAUUUUGUGCCAUUUAACAUCACUCUUGCACAGAAAAUCUUUUUGGAGAGGAUAUAUGGAGGAUGAGUGUCUUGUUCGGAGGAAAAUCUUUUAGAAACUUCACUUAAUGCACUUGCAAUGCUCAAUUGUGCACUAAGGUCCAGCUCCUGAGAUCCACGGAUCUUGGCCGCCACAGUUUGCUUUAUAUAAAGGAGAUAGGACAUGGCUGGUUUGGCAAGCAUGAUUCCUGGACUUGAUUUAAACCUUUUUGGCUUUGUUUGUGUGAAAUCUCUGUCUUCCAUUUCCUUCCUUUCUUCCCGUGUACCCAUUUCCUUCAUGUGCACAUCUGUUCGUGUCUAUCUGUGUCACCCUGUCCAUAAUUGUGUGUGUGUUGUCCAUUUUCCCUCUGUUCACACCUGUAUGUGUGUUUCUGUUGUCUUUCCCUCGUGUGUUUGUGUAUCUGUGUGUCGGUGGGAUGUUGUUCACAGAUAUUGUUGGGGGAGGUUCACUCUGGUCUCAGCAGUACCCAGGUGCUGGUGAAGGAGCUAAAGGCCAGUGCCAGCGUGCAGGACCAGAUGCACUUUCUGGAAGAGGCUCGGCCAUACCGGACUCUCCAGCAUCCGGCUCUAGUGCAAUGCCUCGCUCAGUGCACAGAGGUCACUCCCUACUUAGUGGUCAUGGAGUUCUGCCCACUGGGUGAUGUUAAAGGUUACCUGCGCAGCUGCUGGGCAACAGAUUCCAUGACCCCUGACCCCUUAAUACUUCAGAGGAUGGCAUGUGAGAUCACUUCAGGCCUGCUUCACCUUCACAAAAACAACUUCACCCAUAGUGAUCUGGCUUUAAGAAACUGCCUGCUAACCUCAGACAUAAAAGUUAAGAUUGGAGACUAUGGACUAGCACACAACAAGUACAAGGAUGACUACUUUGUGACAACAGAUCAGACCUGGGUUCCCUUACGCUGGAUUGCCCCUGAACUAGUUGAUGAAGUUCACGGUAACUUACUGGUGGUGGACCAAACCAAGGAAAGCAACAUCUGGUCACUCGGAGUAACAAUCUGGGAGCUGUUUGAGUUGGGGAAUCAGCCGUACCGCCAUUAUUCAGACAGACAGGUUCUCAGCUAUGCUGUAAAGGACCAGCAAUUGAAGCUGCCCAAGCCACUUCUUAAGUACCAUCUUUCUGACCGCUGGUAUGAAGUAAUGCAGUUCUGUUGGCUUCAGCCUGAUCAGAGGCCCAAUGCGGAAGAAGUUCAUCUGCUGCUUAGUUACCUAUGUGCCAAAGGAGCCAAUGAGGCAGAGGAAGACUUUGAGAGACGCUGGAACUCCAUGAGGCCAAAUACAAGCCAUGCUAAUGUCCAUGGAGCCGGUGCACUAGCAAUCGACAUGCCCAUGUCAUCCACCACUUCCUCAUUCCCCCUACUGGAACAGUUCCCCACUGGAGAUGGCUACCAUUCCGAAUCUGGAGAUGACAUCUUAACGGUUACUGAAACCAGCCAUGGACUCAACUUUGAGUACAAGUGGGAGCAGGCACGGCCUGAACAACACUACCAUUCUUCAUCCACCUCAGGCACUUUGGGUAGUCCCCAUUGUCAGGAAGUCUACUACCCUCCAGGUGGAAUAGUGGGGGGCUGUGCUGUUGAAGGACUCACCCUAGGGGUUUCUCCUUCGUAUUAUGAGUCCAAACAAAUACACACCCCUGGUGUGGUACCAGUCCUAAGUGCUCACAGUCCAUCAUUGAGUAAUGAGUACUACAUUCGCAUUGAGGAGCCAGUACAAAGCAAUAUUGAUAUGAACUUCACCCUGUGUGCUUACAGCCCAGAGUUUGGGGGCAGCAAUGGAAGCUUUCUAACAGGUAGUGGAGACUCUAGGGAGUGUAUGAACUGUCCCCCUAAAGCUAAACCUGACAUUUAUUGGUCAGCGGAUAUCCACAAAAGCAGUGCCUAUGAUUCCGACACCAGUCCUGCUAUUUCUCUAACUAUGGAGCCUCUUUUGGGCCAUGGUAGCCCUCUUAGAGCAUGGGAGUCUGGUCACUAUGUCUCAUACAAAGACAGGGACGGAGGUUACUACUAUGAACCAUCACCUCCUAAGAUCAUGGACCACUACCUGAUACGAGACCCAACAGAGCCUCCACAAGAGAGCUGGGGGUCUCGAAGCUUAAGACAGGCACUUGGGGAACUGGAGGAGCCUUUAGGUGUCUCACCAUCACUUGGAAGUCCUCCACAAGGCUAUGCUGAUCCUUACUUGGAGAACAUUCAAGGCUCCAUUAUAGGAAAGAACGUUACAGGAGGAUAUUAUGAUAUGAUGGGCCCUUUGAGGAAGACUAUGCCAGGUAGCCACUCAGUUUGUAUUGACGUUGCAUCAGGUGGAGCUAUAUUUGUAGGACGAGAUGACAGCGACUCUGAGGAAGAGGAAGACAUCUUUGUGGAAAGGAGAGCAAGAAGCUGGUCCACCAGCAAUGCAGCAAAUACAAACACAAGGACCUUGCGUCAAAGGCAGGGGUCUUGUAUCCAAGAUUCAUAUGCAGAUUUCCACUACACUAUGCCGAUGACUGACGUUGAAGAUACAUGGCCAGAAGAGCAGAUCCUGCCAUACCAUAUGGCCAAACCGGUUGACUACUUAGAGGCAACAGUCAAAAGCAACACUUGCCUGGUGCAUGGAAGACAUGUGCCUUCAAACCCUUCACCCGAGUGUAGCUCAUAUAUCCAUAUGUGUCAUGAACCCAGAGAAGCUGAAGUAUAUCCUGUGCCAUGUUGUCAAGCUUUGAGCAGUUCACAUUUUGUAGAUCCUCUAACAGGAACACUUGUGAGGAACUGCUUCAUGAUUGACUGUAUUCCAGGGAAACCCAUGACAUUGCCCAAAAAAGACCAACAUCUAGGUGCUGGACAUAUAGUUUCCAAAAUAGAGCCAUCAAGGGAAGGUGCCAAACAGUUUGAUGUGUCACAGCAGUAUGUGGAUAUUGCGGUAAGAGAAAUAAACUUGAAGCAAGAAAAAGCUUUGCAUGAAGAUGCAUCUCUAAUGGAUCCCAAAACUGAAAUUAUUGCCAUCACUCCACAAUUGGAGAAAUCCCAAGCAGAGUUACCCAAAUCAGAGCCAGAGUCAGACUUAAGCAAGACAGCGGACAGUGGUGUGGACCAUGGACGCUCUAGUAUCAGUCUGGUGGAGAUUGAUGACUGCAGCGAUGAUGACAUCACUGAUGUAACCUCAGGGAUUUUUGGUGACUUUACCAUUGAAGUAGAAACUGUUGACUACAUCAAUCCAACAUUCAAGACAUUACAAAAGCAGGUGGGUACUCCAGACUCCAUGGACUCCAUUGACAUACCAUCUACAGCAUGUUCCAGCGAGACACUCAGUCCUGCCUUCAUCCAUCCGUCAAGCUCACCAAAGACAGUGGACAGUGGAUAUGACACCGAAAACAAUGAAUCUCCAGAGUUUGUCCAAAAGGAGCCCCAUGAGCUACAAGAUUCUAAGGUUUUCAUCCAACCCUUGGGAAAAGUAACAUCUGGGUCUAACUUUGAACAAGAGAUCAUAAGGGCAGAGGAUGAGAAGCUAGAGGACAACGUUGAUACUGUAAUGGCACUGACAACAUCUGAAAGCAGUGAUGGAGAGUUGAAAGCGCUGAGUGAUAAAACUCCAUACAGAGAUUCGGCCUACUUCUCUGACUAUGAUGCCGGGAAAGAUAAAGAAAGCGAAGAGGACAUCAAUGAAUUUGAAGAUCAGAAAGAUGGAAUUGAGGAAAUUAUAGAUAAAGAGGAGCUACUUCCUUCAAAAAAGGAGGCAGAUGAAGAUGAAUAUCUUUUGCCAUGUACAAAGGAAAGUGAAAAAACGCCUGAAAACUCUCAUGAUGUGACUUCAGUUGUUCCAUCAAAGAUCAUUGAAGGUUGUGACACAAUCAGUAGUGUGUCUCUCUCAUCUCCUGAUAUUGAAGUGUCUACCAUAAAAGAUCAUUUUGGUGAUGAUGAAAAUCUUGCUGUAGAUUCAGAUCUUUCUGCAGAGCUUGUACCAUCGGAAUCUGAAGGAUCUAAUUCAGAUGCUUUGCUUGGUCCUGAUGUAAAGCAAGAGGAAUCUUUCAAACAAGUAUACAGUGAAGACAGACUGUCUCUCGAACAAGUCACUUCUGAGGGUGAUGUUGCAAACACCAAUAUUUCAGAGGUCCUUAUUGAUGAUAAUGCAGAAGGCAUAGUCACAGAUGUGAGCUUUAUCAUGUACAAAGAGGAACUAACAUCACAGAAGGAAACAGCAGAAACGAACAGUUCUCUUACACAUGAGGAACUGGAAUACAGGAAUAAGGUCUAUGAAAAAGGAGGACGCAAAAGAAGCUCCACGCGUUCUGGCUCUCCUCCUCCUCCACAAGAAGGACGGGUAUCUCCCACAGAUGGAGAGGAGGCAGAUGAGGAAGAUGGUGACUCUGAGGAUAGCGAUGAGUCCGAUGAGGAGCUCCGCACUUACAGUAUCCAGGAACAGAGCGAAGAGAGCGAGGAUGAGAUCUUGACCGUACCUAUCAUUGUGAGCGACUGCAGUGAUGCACACAAACUCAGAAGUCUCCUUAAGAUACCAACGCUGCUCAGUGAUACACUGUCUGAUGAAAUGGAGAACAAAAAGAAAGUGGUUUCUUUCUUCGAUGACGUCACUGUCUUUCUGUUUGACCAGGAAAGCCCAACCAGAGAGCUGGCAGAUCAAAGUUUUCACUUGGAUGGAGAGUCAAGCAAACCGAGUGCAAAGGGUAAAGCACAAAACCAGCAGGAAAAGAUCAAUGCCUCUGAUGAGUCUUCUGAUGGAAACAUCUCAGAAGAGAGUGCAGGGUUUGAAUGGGAAGAUGAUUUCUCAUUGUUGCCCCUUCCCACAUCUUCUGAGGGGUCUCCACCGGACAUCACUCCAAAGCUGAGCCUAACUAGUGGCAGUACUAAACCUGUGGCACAGGUCUCCCGUUUUACCGUUUCUCCAUCCAGUGUGUCACGUUUCUCCAUCACACAUGUCUCGGAUUCAGAUAUGGAUUCUGCAGGAGGGAGCAGUGAAGAUGGGGAAAAAGAGUGAAUCACCAUACUACUGCCAACACAGAGCAGCACUGACAGACACUUAUUUAUUUUUGUUUUAUUUUUUUAUUGAGGAGAUCACAGUAAGAAGGUUGUUUUGAUCUCUUUGGAAACCCUUUUGGAUCCCAUCAAAGACAGUGCCUCUUAAUGAAAGCAAACACUUCAGAGGUGCCCUUUCGAAAGGGCCCUAGAAGAAAAAAAAAAUAUGUGGGAAUGACUAAAACAUAAUCGGAACACAAACUAAAAUUUUGCGUAUUAUAAAUGAAACAGUUUGGAUGGAUCUGCUUAGUUAUAUGGACCUACUGGAAACUGACUGUGACUGUUUACAACAUCAGAUACUGUAUUUUUGGAAAGUGUUAAAAAGGUAUCACUGCAUCAAAAACUGAAUGAGCGAAAUGUAACAAAACUAAAUUGAACUGAUUUUUACUGUGAAAUAUCAAUGCAGUGUUGUUCGUCUAUAAAAGGAGCAGUUUUAAAAAGGAGAGGUUAAGUGUUUUUAUUAGUUCACGACACACAGCUGCCUUGUGUUUGUCACCUGCCUGAGAGUAGCAUUGUGUUAUGGUGACACGGCAUUCUGAAACCACUUUUAUGAUUUUAUUAAUAAUUACACUAGUACUAUAAUUAUCGAUUCUCUUUCUUCAUGAUUUGAAUGCUUAGUGUUUUAGAUCAUUUUGUUAUUUAUUUACUUAUUCAGUGCUUCGAUUUAAAUAUGUUUGCACAUACGGCAAAUGAUUUGUCAUUUUUUACUAUUUCCCUGUUCAUAGCAGAAAUCCUGUUUCACAGUUUGACUUUGAAUAUCUGCAGUUAAAUCCAUAAAAUAACAAAAAAAAUCUUCUUUUUAAAAAAAAAUAGUAUAGUUUUAACAUGCAGUAGAAAAGUAGAAAAACGAAAUAAAUAUUAAAUCAUAUGUAAUUGACAAACUAUUAUGUAAAGGAGGAUUUGAUGAUUUGACAUGUGUUUAAUGAUGUAUUUAGGGUGACUACUGGUGAAGAAGGACACUUAAACUCAAGCAUCAUCAUUAAUAUAUUUUAACCAUUUGGAUCAUAUUAUAGAAAAUGAUUACAAAUGAUCAGAAAGUGUUCCACUUUACCCGUAUUCACCCUAUUAAUGAUGCUGUACAUGCUUUCUACCUAUUAAGAUUGAAGCCAGGUUGUAUUAUGAUCAGGGUGUUAAUCAUAUACUUAGUGUUAUUUAUUAGUCAACAUGUUUUAUAUUUCCUUGAACUUUGAAGAACAGAUCAAUGCUUUUCAGCAUUGGGAGCUGCAACGUGUCAUGUCUAGUUUUUGGACUUUGUAUGAUAUUGUGGGGUUUUUUUCUCAUAUGGUUGGGAAAUAACAAAUUGGAUAUGGUCAAGGAGGAUGAGCCUGCUGAACCGUGUACAGUACAGAGGGACUCGAUGCUACCUGCAUACUUCUGUGUGUACGACCAAGCAUACAUCUCAGUACACUACUCUCGAUAUGUUCUGUUCAUUUGCCUGUGAAGGCGUUUAUUCUAUGUAAUCACCUCACUUAGAUUGAACUAGACAACAGUCUGUACUAUUUUUGUAUUUGAUCCAACGAUUUUAAACUGCUGAAAGAUCAAAUAGGCACUUGGGAGGUAAAGGGAAAAGAUAUGUUUUCUGCCAAAGAAAUGGAUCAGUCGAUGUGGCACAAGCCGGAUUUGCGUCCCGUAAUUUAUUCUGAUUCAGAGCGGCAGAUUCACAGAUUUUUCUUGGGGAAUUUGCCCUUAACGAUGGUUUUGAGUCGCAGUAUAAUGUUAAGCGAGAGUGUAUGUAAUUCUGUUCCUCAAAUGUGUCACAAAUUUAGUGAGAAAAAUAAAACGAUUCUGUUUGACGGUU